AUGGCUAAAUCAUUAAGAUCGAAAUCUAAAUUACAAGCGAAAUCAGUCAAAAGAAAGGGGGAAUUUGCCAAAUAUGUUGAUGAAAGAAGUAAAAGAAUAGCUGACCGCUUAGCCAAGGAGACGGCUAAACAAGAAGCCGAGAAGAAGAAGAACAAGCAAGAGGAUGGCCAAGAGACUAUGGACUUGGAUAAGGCAGCUGAAGAUGGUGAAGAAAAGACCCACAAUAAGAAGGUGAGUACGUCUGGAUGGAGAGAUUCCAAUUCGCAAAGGUACAAGCAAAGACAACUCAAGAAUAAAUCAAAAAAGAAGACAUUAAAGUUUUAG